AGACUGUAAUAUUUUGACAAAAAUACAACUUCAUUGUCAGAAUGUUUUUUUUCCGUGCCAUACCAGCUUUAUCUACUUGAAUGCAUUAUUUAUUUGCUCAAAACUUGAUAACAGUUUUAUCUGAAGUACCGAUCGGGUGUAUUUUGAAGUGAAAUUUGUCAGUGACCACACCAGUCAGCAUCUCCUCAUUCAUCUUUGGCCUGAUCACUGACCUAAUAGGAACUUGUGACACCUUCUUCGGUAACUAUCCGCUGUCAUGGUAAAAGAGUAUGAGCACACAAAAUGAAUUGCAUUAUUUAUCUGCGUAUAUACAUAAGUCAUUGUUACGAUAAUUCUUUAGUCUAUGAGGUAACUUAUUUUUAUAAAUCUUAAUUUAUAGGUGGUAAUAAGUGUGUAUGGUGCAACGAUUAGCAUCAAGAAAACCUGGCUAAAUAUAUUAUGUUUAUUUGUUUAUUUGAACGAUUAUCGAAGUGAAUUUUGAGAACCGAUUCACAGUAACCAUCUUAUACCAUCUGCUAAUUAGUACUCAUUGUUCAUGUGAAAGAGCUGUUCAAAAGACUCAAUCUUUCAGCUUGCGUAAAGCUGCUGUUUUAGAUAUCUAUGUCUAAUAACGCAUCACAUUUCUUGAACCCUCCAGCGAGCUACUUGGAAAGGCGCGGCAAGCUACUGGUAGCUUUUGAGUGACUGUUUGAAAAGGACUGAUCUAACCCCAUGUAUUGUUUCCUGUUAAGUAGUUCAACCAGUUCAGAGUUAAAGCUGUAUCAUUCUAAUUUGUCUAUUAGGAUAUUGUGGUUGACUGUAUCAAAUGUUUUUUCAAGAUCAAUAAAUACUGCAGCUUUACACAGAUUAUGGCAGUGGUUGUUUCUUGUUUAAAUGAUUGCCAUAGAUGUUGAUGUUCUCUCUGUAUUCAUAUUGGCUAUUGCAAAGUAGUGUGUUUUAUAAAUUCAUGUAAUCUGUAGGGAAACAAAAACAAUAUUUAUUUUAGGAUCAAUGCACUUAUUUGUAAACAAUUUAACAACCUAUAAAUAUAACACAAAACAAUGUAACAAUACGUCAAAACACAGAGGGGCUUUGGGGGCCAAAAGUCAUUGUACAUUGUCUUAUAAUGUUGUACAGUAUUGUAAGUAUAUACUGCUAAAUUGUUCACAAUUAAGUAUUUUUAUUAAAACUUUUUGUUUGCCUAAAAUCCUUGUCCUGUUUUAUUCUGAUCAUUAUCAACAAAUUUAAAGGCAAAAUAAUUGACAGAUUUCCAGUAAAAAGUGAAACGGUAUCAGCAAUACUGGCCCUGUGUUAACUUAUCGAAUCGAUACCAAAAUUUUCAGUAUCGUCCGCUCUUGCAAACAGUAAACCAAGCGAGGAAUCUUGGGACAUAAGACCAUCAGAUAGGACACACCCUGCUUGCCUUUGCGAUAGCACGCAGUGCGGUGACAAAACUGCUAUGUCGGGCCUGUCAAAGAGAGAGAGAGAGAGAGAGAGGAGAAUGCUGAGUCAGUGAAUAUACCAUGAAAGCCCAGGGAGAGGGUGCCAGAGGGUAAACGCCAGGGCGAGAGGGUAGAGAAAGGUUACACUCAGGGAAGGUAAGAUGUCACAUUCCCUUUUUCUUAUGUUUUCACUACUUUUCAACACUUGUACUGCCAUCUGUCCAAGAUGGAUGUCCUUUUGCCUGGGCUGUCCCGGGUGGCCGUUUGCGGCGGUACCCAUGGUAACGAGCUUUCUGGAGUGUACCUAGUGAGGGAGAUGCUGAGGGUGGAAAAAGGAGACGAAGACAUGUCGACACAGAAGCUGCUGUCCAACCCGCGGGCUGCCGAGCUAUGCCGCCGCUACCUGGACGUCGAUCUUAACCGCUGCUUCACCCUCGCCGCCCUGAACGAUCCCUUACCUGAUCCAGCUCCCUAUGAAAUGGUUCGAGCCCGAGAGCUGAACGCCAUGCUCGGCCCCAAAGGUAGUCCGCGAGCUGUGGACCUGGUUUGUGAUCUACACAACACAACGUCUAACAUGGGCCUGUGUCUUAUUGCCUUCUCCGACUGCGACUGGAUCAGCCUGCAUAUAUACCACUACCUUCAGAGAGAGAUGCGAUAUAUUCCAGUGAGGUACGUUCAUUUCGAUGUCUCAGACAAGGAUUCCUAUUCCCUGGAUUCAGUUGGAAAACAUGGUUUUGCUUUAGAGAUCGGGCCUCAACCACACGGCUUGGUGAGGUCUAACAUCUACUCAGCUAUGAAAGAAGGUCUCCAGCACAUUCUCAACUGGGUGCGGCUCUUCAACUCAGGCGUUGUUUUCAAUGGCGGAUCGGUGGAUGUGUUCACCACGGUUGGACACGUGGACUAUCCUAGAGACGAGGACACGCACAACAUCACCGCAGCCAUUCAUCCUCAACUCCAGGACAGAGACUUCUGCCUCCUUCAUCCUGGAGACCCCCUCUUCCAGACUUUCUCAGGCCAAACUGUGAGCUACAAAGGCAGCAAAGCUCUUCACCCGUUCUUUAUCAACGAAUGUGCUUAUUAUGAAAAGGGUGUCGCUCUCUACCUCGCAACCAAGCGCACUUUCACCAUCCCAGCGGUCCGGGUACACAAAGAAGACCAUCAAGAUGUGAGAUUCCCAUCUGAAGAAGAGGAAGAAUGAUGCCUGUAAAUAAUCCCAAUAAUAGAAAAAUAAAGCUUUCCUGUUA